UUGACUACUAGUAUAUCAACUGAGCCCAUCAAGUCAUUGCAUAAAAUCUUCCCAAUGGCUGUUGGGUAGUGAUGCUUUCCAGGUGAUGGGGUCUGAGCCGUAUGUAGAAUGAAAGGUUAUCAAGACACGAGAACAUCCUGUGAAAGUCUGAAUGGUCCGAACACCCCGAUGUGAGGGUACUUUUGUGAUGGAUGCAGAUGAACACCCUCCCUUGCAUUGUGAUGACUCUCGUAUGAAAUACGACCACAGCAAGAAACUGUCAGGAGCAAGUACAGAUAUUGAACAGCUUUAUCAAGCGGUGCCACAGCUUGCAAAUGUGUUCAGAAUUAAGGGGAAAAUUGGUGAAGGUACGUUUAGUUCUGUUUACCUGGCCAUAGCCCAGCUACGAGGAGGCCAUGAAGAAAAAGUGGCUUUGAAGCAUUUGAUUCCUACCAGUCAUCCUGUACGAAUUGCUGCUGAACUUCAGUGUCUUAUAACAGCAGGGGGACAAGAUAAUGUCAUGGGAGUUAGGUACUGUUUUAGAAAAAACGAUCAUGUGGUUAUUGUUAUGCCAUACCUGGAACAUGAAUCCUUUUUGGACAUCUUGAACUCUCUCUCCUUUGAAGAAGUAAGAGAUUAUAUGUUUAAUCUCUUCAAAGCUUUGAAGCGUAUUCAUUACUUUGGCAUUGUUCACCGUGAUGUCAAACCCAGUAACUUCUUGUACAACAGGCAAAUGAAACGGUAUGCCCUGGUCGACUUUGGUUUGGCACAAGGAACUCCUGACACAAAAAUAGAACUUCUCAAAGUUAUCCAGUCGGAAGCCCAACAGGAAAGUUGUGCAUGGAAUAAGCCUCAGAUAACUUUGGGAUCCCAGGUUUCAGAUACUGCUAGAGCACCUAGGCAGCUAGUUCGUCAGCCAGCUGCAAGAACAGCUAAUAAAAGGCCUUGUUCCCUUUCCCAAACACAGAUUAAACAAGGACAGAAAAGAAAGGAGGGGCUUGAGAGCCUUCACGUUCAACGCUCUGUCUUUGGGGAGAGGAAUUUUAAUGUCCGCAGUUCUGCGUCUCAAGACAAUUCCACAGUUAAACUCAUAAAGCAGCCUAGGGUGACAGAUAUUGCAGCUAGAAAAUUAUUGGCGAAGAAGAAGACAACUUCAGCUGUGACUAAUGGCUUAGUGAAGAAAGCUGCCAGCAGUUGUCCAACUAAUGUGACCUGUGACUGUUAUGCAAAAGAUAGAGUCUGCAGUGUUUGUCUUUCAAGGCGUCAGCAGGUUGCUCCAAGGGCUGGUACACCAGGAUUCAGAGCACCAGAAGUGUUAACCAAGUUUCCAAAUCAAACUACAGCAAUUGACAUGUGGUCUGCAGGAAUCAUAUUCCUUUCUCUGCUGAGUGGCCGGUAUCCAUUUUACAAAGCGAGUGAUGAUUUAACAGCUUUGGCACAGAUUAUGACUAUUCGUGGAUCCAGGGAAACAAUUCAAGCUGCUAAAACAUUUGGUAAAUCAAUACUGUGUAGUAAAGAUAUCCCAGCGCAGGAUUUACGAACGCUCUGUGAAAGGCUGAGAGGAAGCAAAACCAGCUUUGACGUCUUGACAGGUGAUGGGCAGAUCAACCUUUCUCAGGAACCUGCGUUACAAGCUGAAAUCUUCAACAUUUCAGAGCCUGCACUUCAGACAUCUAAAAAGCACCUACAGUAUCAGAAGCCAAGUUGUCAUGAACGUGAUGGCCUGGUUAUUAGAACUUCUGAAAAGCCAGCUAAUCUGGGAUGGGACAAAGUCCCUGACGAAGCCUAUGAUCUUCUGGAUAAACUGCUAGACCUAAAUCCUGCUACAAGAAUAACUGCAAAGGAUGCCUUGCUUCAUCCUUUCUUCAAAAAUAUUUAGCAGUGAAAAGAUGCUCGGCUCUGUACCACCAGAAGCAUUGGAAGUCACAGUUUCCUUAUCUUUAAACGAAAUCAAAAUCCCUAGAGGGACAUUAUUUCCUCUAAAUUGCUUCAUAGCUACAUCCAACUUGCGGAAACGAAACAAAACAAAAACCUUGUCAGCUAUUAAACAUACUGAAGUCCAAAU